CUCUCCCGCUCUCUUCCUCCUCUGUCGGUACCGUCACCUCACCGGCACUCUCCCUAUCCUCUUCCUCUGUUUCUGUCGGUCCUUUAUUAACCCCGUCCGCACACACUCUCCCUCUCUCUCACCGAGCCACCGCCGUUGCCCCUAACCAUAACCACACCUCUCUCUCUCUCUCUGGGGCAGGGCAGGGCAGGGCAGUGCUCAGAGGGACAGUGAGUUCAGCUCAAAAUCCCUUCCAUUCUCAUUCUUUGCCACCAUUUCGUGCUCUGUGCCUCUGUUCCUCUGCUCUCUCUCUCUCUCUCUCUCUCUCUCUCUCUCUCUCGCUCAGAGGGUUUGUCGGCCAUACGGCGUUGGCGGCGGCGGCGACGAUAAAGCUUGUUUUGUGGCCUCGGAACUCGCCAAGAAACUCUCUCUCUCUGCCCAUCCCCUGUUUUUUUCCGUUCUUCCCAACACCACUUCGCCCUUCUCAGCAGAAACCUUGACGCUCUAUUCACAUGGAAACCAUGACGUCCGAAGAAAUGAACGGCGGCGAGAACACUAACAAGAAAGAGGAAACCAACGCCAGCGACGACGGCAGCAAGAAGUGCUGCGCUGACUGCAAGACCACCAAGACACCUCUCUGGAGAAGCGGCCCCUCUGGUCCCAAGUCGCUGUGCAACGCUUGCGGGAUCAGAUACAGGAAGAAGAGGGUCUCGGUCCGAGUCGGAGGAUCAUCAUCAUCACCGCCAUCGUCGGCCUCGUCAUCGGACAGGAAACGCGAGAGAGAGACAGGCUCGGACACGGGGAAGAAGGGGCUUAGCGAGUCGGUGAGGAUGUCCCUGGUGCUGCUGGGCAAGGACUUUCUGCUCCAGACAUCGGCGGUGGCGAAGAAGCAGAGGUGCCAGAGGAAGAGGAAGCUGGGGGAGGAGGAGCUCGCAGCCGUGUCUCUAAUGGCGCUGUCUUGCGGCUCCGUCUUCGCUUAGGACAACACCCAACACCGACACCCAACAAGCACUAAGGUUUUGAGGGAUCCUCCAUCACAGACAACACUCUCUUAGGUUUUUCUUUUUUCUUUUUUUUUUCUUUUUUUUUAAGGAAAAUCGAUCAAUCAAGAACAGUAUGAUCUUGUUCAUACCCAUGAGGGUUUGAGUGGAUAGACGACACGACACCCCUUUUGGGAUUUUAGGAAGAAGAAGAAGAGGAGCAUGUCUCUCUCUCCAUUAGGAAGAUUUUGUUUCCGGGCGAUGAUUGAUGAUGAUCGAGCCACAGCUCUCAUCGUCUUUUGCAUGUAUGGUUGUAAAUACAAGAAAAUUGGAAGAAGAAGAAGAAGAAGAAGAAGAAGAAGAAGAAUUUUACCCCGUAAUAUUCCUUUUUUUUUUUCCCUUCUUUUUAAUUUGGAAAUUUUUUGAUCUAUUUUGUGCAUGUGGGGGGAAUGAAUGAAAGUUUGAUGGUGAUGAUGAUGAUGACGACGACGAGAUGUCCGAGUCUGACGAUGGAUUUGGCGGCGGAGGAGACCAAAUUCCUUCGUUAUUAGGGUUUGGGGCCUCCUGGCAGCAAGACAUUCCCUUGCCAUGUCGCCUGGUGCUCCUUUUGGCCUGGGUUUGGACCGUCGUCUCAUCAAUAUUUCUGGGAAUCAUCCGGUCCGGUCCAUACGUCGAACCAUUCUUGGAAGGGCGCAAUCGGGGUCUUGAGAUCCAUACUUCGGCUCAGUCUCAUGCUGAUCCAAUGAUCCGAUGGAUUCGAGCUCAGUCUGAUGCUGAUCCAAUUAUUGGAGGGGUUUGGGAUCUGCCCAGUAACAAUAUGUACACUCGGUUUCGCAUUGAUCCAACGAUCUGAGAGGGAUUUAGGUUUUGUCCAGCCAAGGGACCUGAAAAA